AUGGGUUUAAAUGGAACAUCGGAAGACAUCGUCAAAAGGAGAGAAGAGUUUGGCCAGAACCAUGUACCACAAAAACCAAAGACAUUUGUGGAGCUGGUGUGGGAGGCACUGCAGGAUGUCACCCUGAUUAUCCUGAUGCUGGCAGCCAUCUUUUCACUGGUCCAGUCGUUCUACCACCCACCCACAUGUUCAAAGCGGCACAGUGGCAAAGCGUCUGGUGAGGCAGCGACCGGAAGAAUCGAAGGCGAUGCCAUCCUGCUAUUGGUGGUCUGCAUGGUCCUGGUGACAGCCUUUAACAACUGGAGCAAAGAGAAGCAGUUCCGCAGCCCCCAGAGCCACAUCAAGCAUGACCAUAAGUUCACCGUUGUCCGAGGGGAGCAGGUGAUCCAGAUCAAUGUGUCAGAAAUUGUUGUUGGAGACAUUGCGCAAGCCAAAUACUGUGAGAGAAUAAAAAGCAUGCACUUAGCUAUAGCAGAGCUUUCAUUGGUUGAGAGUGAUUAUUAG